AUGGGGCCCCUGUGUCCUUGCCCAAACUCAAAAAAGCCUAUGAAAAAGAUACCAGGGGCAUCUCAUGGGGCCCCCUACUGACCCUGGGCCCUCGGGCAGGGGCCCCAUAAGAUGCCCCUGGUACCUUUUUCAUAGGCUUUUUGAGUUUGGGCAAGGACACAGGGGCCCCAUGAUCCCCUAUUGCCAGGGGGUCCCAUGAGUUGUCAGUCCGCCCCUGGACGCAAAUCGCACUGCAAAGUAUCGGUUUCCGGUA